AUGCUUAAAAAACCUCGAGGAACAUAUGAUGAAUGUUUAACAGUAGUUGAUGGUGUACCAAUUACUACAACAGUGUCGUGGAAAGACAAUAAAAUUGUAAAUGUUACCUCCACUUUCAUUGGCGCCCUCGAACCAACCAAAGUACGUAGAUACGAUAAAAAACAAAAAAAAAAUGUAGACGUUGAGAGGCCAAAAAUUAUCGAAGUCUAUAAUAAGCACAUGGGCGGUGUAGAUCUGAUGGAUUCAUUGAUAGGACGUCGUGAAUUCAUGGCUAAUGUACAAAAAAAUUACGGGCAACACAAUGCCAUUGGCCAAAUUCCGAGAACAUUUAUCUGUAACUCUUAUGCAAAGUGGAAUCGCCAAACGAGGAAAAGGCAGGCCCUCAGAAGAGAUUGUCUAGAACAUUGGCCAAACUAUGAACAGCAAAGACGGGUAUGCAAAAUGCCAAAAUGCAAAUUUCAGUCGUUCACAAAAUGUUCCAAAUGUUGUGUAUAUUUAUGUUACAAUAACGAUAGAAACUGUUUUGUUGAUUUUCAUUGUUCUUAG